UUUUCAUUUCUCUCAUAAUAUCUGUACUCUGGUUUCGUCUUUUAUCUCUUGAGUACUAAAACAUAUAGGGCUUUAAAAAGUUUGGCAUCCCUUAACAAAGACUAGAAAGUUGGUCUAGAAAGAGAAAAUGGGGAGAGGGAAAGUAGAGCUGAAGAGAAUAGAAAACAAAAUAAACAGACAAGUAACAUUUGCCAAGAGGAGAAAUGGAUUGCUCAAGAAAGCUUAUGAACUCUCAGUUCUUUGCGAUGCUGAAGUUGCUCUCAUUAUCUUCUCUAACCGUGGAAAGCUUUAUGAGUUCUGUAGCAGCUCUAGCAUGGUGAGAACACUUGAGAAGUACCAUAAGUGCAGUUAUGAUGCAUUAGAAGCAAACAUACCUGGCCAUGAAUCACAGCAGGGCAACUACCAGGAGUAUCUGAAGCUAAAAGCUAGAGUUGAGGUCCUCCAACGGUCUCAAGGGAAUCUGCUUGGUGAAGAUUUGGGACUAUUAAAUACAAAGGAACUUGAGCAGCUUGAGCAUCAGCUGGAGACCUCCUUGAAGCAAAUUAGGUCAAAAAAGACUCAGUCCAUGCUUGAUCAGCUUUCUGAUCUUCAAAACAGGGAGCAACUGCUACUUGAAGCUAAUAAAGCCUUGAGAAGGAAGUUGGAAGAAAGCAGCGCGCAAAUUCCUCUUCGACUCGCAUGGGAUGUCGGAGGGCAUAACAUUCCGUACAGCCGGCUUCCGCCUCAGUCGGACGGGUUCUUCCAACACUUGGGAUCAAACUCCACCCUGCAAAUUGGAUACAAUCAUGUGGGUGCUGAAGGGAUGAUGAACGUUGCUGGUGCCCACAACCAACAUGUCAAUGGAUUCAUUCCUGGGUGGAUGCUUUGACUAAUUAAUUAAUUGAAAUAUAAUUAAAAUUACAUAUAAUUUCAUAACCUUUUUGGGCUUUUCUAAAUUCCCCUUCUUAAUUAAUUAUCAUAUUUUCUUAUAAUUCUGGUUGUUAUCUGUGUUAUCAUAAUUUGUAAUUAUGAUUGAAGACAAUAAUUUAAUUGAUCAAGUAAAUGUAUGUAAGGUGCCAUACAUUAAAGACAGAUUUUGUAUUUACAAUUUUAUAUAUAGAUUUAUGUGACGUAUGGCUUGUAUUU